AUGUAAAAUAAACCAAAUGAAGAAAAAGUAAAAUAAAGAGUUUACCUCAACAAUUUAGGGUUUAAGGUAAGCCCUAGAAAUAAAUUUGCUUCUUGUCGACUAAACGUUUUAGGUGAUACGAAAUUGACGAGUUGCAGGCGGAGAGGAGGUGAAAUGGGGGCCUAUAAGUACGUUGAAGAGCUAUGGAAGAAGAAGCAAUCGGAUGUGAUGAGGUUCUUGCAGAGAGUGAGGUGCUGGGAAUAUCGGCAGCUUCCUGGCAUAGUCAGGGCGAACAGACCCACAAGGCCUGACAAGGCCCGACGUCUUGGCUACAAGGCCAAGCAAGGUUUUGUCAUUUACCGCGUGAGAGUUAGACGUGGAGGCCGGAAAAGGCCUGUUCCUAAAGGUAUUGUGUAUGGUAAACCAACUAAUCAAGGUAUCACACAGCUCAAGUUCCAGCGCAACUUGAGAUCUGUGGCGGAGGAGCGAGCUGGCCGGAAGCUGGGGGGACUAAGAGUUUUGAACUCUUACUGGAUAAAUCAGGAUUCAACCUACAAAUAUUUUGAAAUAAUUCUUGUUGAUGAAGCACACAAGGCUAUCCGAAAUGAUCCUAGAAUAAACUGGAUAUGCAAUCCUGUUCACAAGCACAGAGAACUUCGAGGACUAACAUCUGCUGGUAAGAAGUACAGGGGGCUCCGAGGAAGAGGUCACCUCUUCCACAAGAAUCAGCCCUCUAGGCGUGCUACUUGGAAGAGAAACAACAGUCUUUCUCUUCGACGAUACCGUUAGAUUGCAGGCCCUUGACAGGCUUUUAUCUGGAAUUGUCUUGAGAUUAAUAUUUCUAUACAUUUCAAUUUUUCUUUGCACCAUUGUUGAGAACUUGAGACAAAUGCCGGCAUAGUUUUUGUAUAACUCUGGUUAAUUUUUUUCUUAAAGAAACAAUUGAAUGGGAUUGCUUUAAACUGAA